GGUCGGUGCGAUUUGCUGUCCCUGGCAAGGUCAUGGAUAGUGAUGAAAAGGUUCGUCGCGAAGUCGAUACAAUGCGCUUUAUCAAAGCGAACACAACAAUACCUGUUCCCUCAGUCAUAGCCUGGGGUUGCAGAAGUGAGAAUCCGUUGAAUUUGGGGGCAUAUAGUAUCAUAGAAUUUGUUCACGGCCAACCUCUUGACAAGAUUCUGCGUCAAUAUCCCGCAGACGGCUUUAUACUUCGACCUGAUAUUAGUGAUAGGGAUUAAACGUUAUAUACCGACAAGUUGCAAAUAUCUAUCUAGAGCUUUCGUCGCACAGCUUUUCGCACAUUGGCGCCCUAUCAAACAAUGGGGUACUGUCCAGGCCGCUUACGCUGAAAGUGAAUGAGAUUGAAAGCCACGGGGGUGUUAGGGUAGAGAAUUAUCAUUCUAGCCCGUAUUCGUCUGCUGAGAAAUACUUUUCUGCUGUUGCCGAACAAGAUUUGCGACACCUGAUAAUGCAACCAAACUCUGUUGACGAUGCCGACGAUGCUCGCAGCAAGUACCUUUAUAACAAGAUCUUCAAUGCUAUUAUACCAUAUUUCGUUGCUCGCGAGUACAAUCGUGGGCCCUUCAAAUUGAUAUGCGACGACCUACGGUUCGGAAACAUCCUUGUCAACAACGAUAAAGACCUAAAGAUUGUUGCCAUUAUCGACUGGGAAUGGGCCUAUAUUGCACCUUACCAAAUGCUAUUUUCGCCACCACGAUGUUUGCUUAUCAAACGGCCAUCUAACUGGGACCAAGCGGACAUUGCCCGGUACAAGGUACUUGCGGAGAGGUUCACCAAGAUACUCGAAGAGGAGGACAACAAAAGACUAGUGAAAACUUCCAUGGGCUUACUGAUGCAGCAAUCCAUUGACAAUGGGCAAUUCUGGUUUCAUGAACUCGUGUACUCCUGUUUCGGUUUCCCCGAAGACACGGCCUGGUCUGGUAUUCGGGAUAUCCUGCCUAAUAUCGAAUCUUAUGCAACUGCAGAACAGGCUGAGGUUGAACAGUUUGUGAGUUUUAAAAUGGAAGAGUUGAGCCGAUAUACUACGGAAUGGGCAGCUCUGAAGCAACAGAUCGAGCGGGAAAAAGCCGAGUUCGAAGCCAAGGUGCGAUGGGUUAUAGAGGAGACUGGGGAGUUGGAUAUCACCAGAAACAUCUCUGCUGCGAACUGUCCUUGAAGGCAUAACUGGCCUUGGCAAUGAAAAUAUGCCGCGGAGCACCUAAGGUCCGAAUGUAACCCAGGCCGUUACUCGUGCUUUCUUUUGCCCUUGUAUCCACUGUUCCAGGGAACCCCAAUCGUCUGACCACUGCGGGUCACAAUUAGUGAGAGCUCGACUUGAUCCACAGCAGGAAAUAUAACAGUUAGAACCAACUCCUCUACGAAAGUUCGAUGGCUUUCCCCGAUCUUGGUAAAUCGGCCAAUCGACUGCUAAGAUCUCGAUGUUCAGAUCUCAAACGGGUUCCAUUUCUGGCGAAUCGGAUCGGCGCCGGAUGCGGAUGGAAGUAUGAAGUCAUCAAAGUCAACAUCUGUAGAGUACACGAAUCAUAAGAGAAAUGGCUGAAAACAGGUACAAAACUGCUUUAAAACUUGCUUUAAAUCAUGGCGCUGCUAACGUCA